AUAGGCUCCCUCCUCUCUUCACCGUUAACCUCACCUGAACAAAUGGCUGCAGUCAAGCAAAUCGUCGACAAGGCUAUCUCCGAGAACGCUAUCGCCGUCUUCUCCAAGUCUUACUGCCCUUACUGCAAGGCUGCCAAGGAGACCCUCGCUGCCUUCACCAAGGACUUUUACGUCAUUGAGCUUGACCAGGAGUCAAACGGCGCCGACAUCCAGAACUACCUCGGGGAGAAGACUCAGCAGCGCACUGUGCCCAACAUCUUCAUCAAGGGCAAGCACAUUGGCGGCAACUCUGACUUGUCUUCUCUCAAGUCGAGCGGCAAGCUCAAGUCGCUGAUUGAGGCGUAG